AUGGCAUCUGUAGAAGCUGCCGAUUACCCCGCUGAUGGAACUGGUGUUCUCAAGCUUGACCCAUGGCUCGAACCUCACAAGGAUGUGCUGAAGCACAGGUACAGCUUGGUCGAGAAAUGGGCCAGCGAUAUUGAUCGGACAGAAGGUGGUCUGGAAAAGUUUAGCAAGGGCUAUGAGACAUUCGGUCUCCAUGCACAGUCAAAUGGCGAUAUCAUAUACCGCGAGUGGGCGCCUAAUGCGGUGCAGGCGUCUUUAGUUGGCGAUUUCAAUUCCUGGGAUGUCAACGCCAAUACAAUGACCAAGGACGAUUUCGGAGUGUGGAACGUCACUGUUCCCUCGAAGGGUGGUGCCCCAGCUAUUCCUCACGAUAGCAAGAUCAAGAUCACAAUGGUUCUCCCCAGCGGCGAGCGUAUCUACCGCAUCCCAGCCUGGAUCAAGCGCGUUGUCCAAGAUUUGAACAUCUCCCCGAUAUACGACGCUGUAUUCUGGAACCCGCCCGCCAACGAGCGCUACACCUUCCAACAUGCCCGACCCCAAAAGCCCAAGAGCUUGCGUAUCUACGAGGCUCACGUUGGAAUCUCGUCCCCGGAUACACGGGUGGCUACUUACAAAGAGUUCACGAAGAACAUGCUGCCUCGCAUUAAGGGUCUGGGCUACAAUGCUAUCCAGCUGAUGGCCAUUAUGGAGCAUGCGUACUACGCUAGUUUCGGUUACCAGGUGAACAACUUCUUUGCUGCUAGCAGUCGCUAUGGGUCCCCGGAGGAUCUGAAGGAGCUCAUUGAUACUGCGCAUAGCAUGGGCUUGGUUGUUCUGCUUGAUGUGGUGCACAGCCAUGCUUCGAAGAAUGUUGCGGAUGGUAUCAAUGAGUUCGAUGGCACUGAUCACCUGUACUUCCAUGAGGGUGGUAAGGGUCGUCACGACCAGUGGGAUAGUCGUUUGUUCAACUAUGGAAACCAUGAAGUGCUCCGGUUCCUCUUGAGCAACCUUCGUUUCUGGAUGGAGGAGUACCAGUUUGAUGGAUUCCGUUUCGACGGUGUCACCAGUAUGCUCUACGUCCACCAUGGAAUUGGAAGUGGCUUUUCCGGCGGUUACCAUGAAUACUUCGGUCCCACUGUUGACGAGGAAGGCGUCACAUACCUCACUCUGGCCAAUGAAAUGCUGCACAAGCUCUACCCCAAUUGUAUCACUGUUGCCGAAGACGUCUCCGGCAUGCCAGCCCUGUGCCUCCCGCAUAAGCUCGGUGGUGUAGGCUUCGACUACCGUCUUGCCAUGGCCAUCCCAGACAUGUACAUCAAGCUCCUAAAAGAAAAGGAAGACAGCGAGUGGGAUAUCGGCAAUCUAGCCUUCACAUUAGUAAACCGACGACACGGCGAGAAGACCAUCGCCUACGCCGAGAGCCACGAUCAAGCUCUUGUCGGCGACAAAUCCCUCAUGAUGUGGCUCUGCGACAAAGAGCUCUAUACCCACAUGUCUACCCUCUCCGAAUUCACUCCCAUCAUCGAAAGAGGAAUGUCCAUGCACAAAAUUAUCCGCCUAAUCACCCACAGCUUAGGCGGAGAAGGUUACCUAAACUUCGAGGGCAACGAAUUCGGCCACCCCGAAUGGCUAGACUUCCCCCGCGAAGGAAACGGAAACUCAUUCUGGUACGCCCGUCGCCAGCUAAACCUAACAGAGGACCCUCUGCUCCGGUACAAGUUCCUCAACGAUUUCGAUCGGGCAAUGCAGCUUACCGAGGAGAAAUAUGGCUGGUUGCACUCGGACCAGGCGUAUAUCAGUCUGAAGAAUGAGAGUGACAAGGUGCUUGUUUUUGAACGGGCGGGCUUGCUUUGGAUCUUUAACCUUAACCCUACUGAGAGCUUUACCGAUUACCGGGUUGGUGUUGAGGUUCCGGGGACUUACCGGAUUGUGCUUGAUACUGAUGACAAGAAAUUUGGAGGUCUGGGGAGGAAUGAGCUGGGCACCAGAUUCUUUACCACUGAUAUGGAGUGGAAUGGGAGGAAGAACUUCACGCAGGUUUAUCUUCCUACGCGGACUGCUUUGGUCCUGGCUUUGGAAGAGACUCUGUAA